AUGGGUUCAAUUUCCAUCUCCGAAGCCGACUUUACGGCUACACUUGAGAAAUAUGCCGCCGAAGCACAGAAGCGCCUGCGCGCCGAUGGGAUUGCACAAUACGCCGACAUCGCGCUCAGCGACAAAUUCAAGCACUUUGCCGAAGACCCCUGGGUGCGCGGCGAGGUGAACCAGAGCAAGAACCCCUAUCUCUCGCAACCUGCUCCAGUCCCCAACGGCGGUCAUACAAAGGUGGUCAUUACGGGUGCAGGCUUCGGGGCGCUGCUCUACGCCGUCCGACUCAUCCAAACGGCCGGGUUCAAGGCUGAGGACUUCGUCUUCGUGGACUCCGCCUGGGGAUUUGGCGGAACAUGGUACUGGAACCGAUACCCGGGUCUAAUGUGCGAUGUGGAGAGCUCCUGCUAUCUGCCCUUGCUGGACGAGACUGGAUUCAUCCCGUCGCAUCGGUACUCCUACGGUCCGGAGCUGAGACAGUAUGCCGAGCUGGUCGCCGAACACUUUCAGUUCCAGCGUCGUCCGCUCUUCGGUUGUACGAUUCACGAAACUGUCUGGAACGAUGCCAGCUCCGAAUGGAUGACCAAGGUCGUUCGGAAACACCCAGUCACGAAAACUGAGGAGACAUACGUGAUACGCUCGGAAUUCGUCAUCCUCGCGUCCGGCAUCCUGAAUCGGCCCAAACUACCGCGCCUCGCUGGUUUGGACACUUACACAGGACACAUCUUCCACACCUCCCGCUGGGACUACGAUUACACUGGUGGAUCACCGACGGACCCAACGCUGGAUCUGCUCCGCGGGAAAAAAGUCGCGUUUAUCGGCACCGGAGCCACGGGCAUCCAGGUUGUGCCAGAGCUGGCAAAAUGGGCUGGCCAACUGUACGUGUUUCAACGCACCCCCUCAGCGGUGGACACGCGUGGCCAGAAGACAAUUGACCCGGAGGAGUGGCGAAGGGAUGUGACCCAGAAUCGCAAGGCAUGGCAGCAGGAGCGCCGAGAGAACAUGGCUGCGUUUCUUUCUCGCAUUCCCAACCUACCGAUGAAGAACCUAGUCAAUGACGGAUGGACGCAUUUUCCUUCUUAUUCCGCAUUAAUCGGUGGACCGGCGGCAGCUAACGUGACCGAUUCAAAUGUCACCGAGUAUGUCAAGCUGCUGCACGGUCUGGAUAUGCCGCGUCAAGAAGGGAUUCGGCAGCGAGUUGAUGCCAUCGUCAAGGAUUCUACCACGGCAGAAGGCCUGAAGCCGUGGUAUCCGGGCUGGUGCAAGCGGCCAUGCUUCCAUGAUGAUUAUCUCGAUGCCUUCAACCAGCCCAACGUACAGCUCGUCGAUACAGCCGGCAGGGGAAUCGACGGAUUUUCGUCAAGGGGCAUCUGCUUCGACGGGCAGGAAUAUAACGUCGACGUGGUAAUCUUCGGCACUGGAUUCGAAUCCUUCACCGCAGGAGGGCCAUCAUAUCGAGCCCGAAUCGAUGUCCGAGGCCGAGGCGGGGAAUCUCUAGACGACAAAUGGAAGAAGGGCGCAGGGACUCUCCACGGUGUGCUCACCCACGGUUUCCCCAAUCUCAUCCUCACAGGCUUUGCACAGGCGGGCACGACGGUCAACGUCGUGCACAUCAUGGAUCUUCUGGGCUCGCAUGUAGCAAAGAUUAUUGCGGCCGCGCAGAAGAAGGUCGGUCCGACCGAUAAGCUGGUGAUCGAGCCUACUUUCGAAGCCGAGGAGGCCUGGGCAUUGACUGUUGCCAGUAAUGCCUAUGCAUACGCUGCUAUUCCUGGGUGCACACCCAGUUAUGCCACCCUUGAGGGGGCCCGUAUGCAGGCUAAGACACCGGAGGACCAGUUCAAAAUGGCAAGAUCUCUUUCUUGGGGAAGGGGAAUACUCGAUUUCACGGAGGUAUUGGAGACUUGGCACCAAAAAAAUGGGUUGUCUGAUUUGCACAUUUCUAGUUCUGGAGUGGUCCUGUAG